AAGAAGACUAUACAUCCCAGUCGUGGUAUAACGGUGUCCCAUAUACUGGUUUUUUUACCAUCUACACCAACAGGUCAUCCAUACAUACCCUAUCAACUAUCCAACCACCACGUCCCACAUACCAAUGCAGAAAGCCCUGUAACCAGCAAUGGUCCUCCUAACUUCCUCCACGGUCUCCGUUAUCCUCUCCUCGGGAGUGAUCUGCAUUUUCACCUUCGUCCUCUUUCUCUCCGGCUACGUCCUCCAACAACAAUCCGUGCGCAGCAUCCAACACGCCAUCAAACCCCCGCAACCACCAGAUCCCAUCCCCGGCCUCACCCACCAUGGAGGCAACACAAAACGCACCACCUUUCUAGACAGCCCCAAUGACGAUGACGACCACCCAACAGGCAACUAUGCCUAUCUCCAACUUCUUACCACGCCUGACCCCUCAAACAUCUGCUCCGCAAUCCUCUUCUUCAAAACCCUCUCAACAAACAACACCGCAAUUCAAGACCGCCUCUUCAUGUACCCCCAAGAAUGGGACCAAACACCACCCCACAAGCUCACCACCGAGGUCUCAACAGCGCUCUCCCUCCUCCGCACAGCCUCCCUAAAAUAUAACAUCUGGCUCCUCCCCAUCGACAUGACAGCCGCCACCAGCGCCGGCUACACCCCGACAGAUACAAAGCUACUCCGCCUCGGCCAGAUCCAGUUCAUGCAGUACGACUCCGUUCUCUACGUCCAGACACCAGGGUUACUCCUCGACACGGCAAAACUGGACUCCAUGCUUCUUUCCAGGCCAUUACCGGGCAGACAUGAUAAGAACAGGCCGGAGUCGUAUAUGAACGAGGCGUGGAUUCCGAUGCCGCUUCGCCCGGAUCGGGAUGUGGCUCUCCCGCCCGUUUAUCUGGUUACUGUUAAUAAUGUGGGCGCGGGCCAGGUUGAGGCUCGUGGGCAUGUACCGAAUGUGGCGCUGCCUGGGUUUGGGUCUUUGGUUACGGGGCCUUGGGGCGUAGAGAAGUCUGCUGGGGAGGAGCAGCCAGGGUAUGUUUUCUUUGAGCAUGAUGAGGAUGGACAUGUUUCUUGGUCGAGGAAUUCGUUGUUUGGGCCUUGGAGGGCGGGACAGUAUGAUGUUUGUGAGGGGAUUGAUUUUGAUGAUGUGCAUGAUGAUUAUGGGCUAUGAUUAUGAU